AUGUCAGAUAAAGGAGCGCUAGGAUCUGUUCAACAGUCUCUUAGAAAAUGCUUUGAUACUGUAGAACAACAUCACGAGGAAUGGAAACUCACUCUUCUGGAGUGUGAUCCGCUGGUCGCUAAUUUGAGUAACCUUGCAGAGCAGAUGGAGGCCUGCCAGAAAGUCAUAUUCAAAAACAGUCCACUGAGUGCCUUUGCUGAUCUACAGGGACGUCUCCACUACAAACUCAAGUCAGCAAUGGAAGUUACUCUGGAGAAAUUGAAUGACUACAUGUGUAUUCUGCAGAGGGUGAGGGAUUCUGUGAGUCAUCAGGUUGGAGCUGUCCUGUAUGUCUAUGAGGUAAAUGCAGGGAAAAUUGGCCUUGAAGCCUCCCUGGUGCGUUCUGCUGUCAGCCCUUCUAUAGCUGACAUGCUGGAGUGGCUGCAGGACAUAGAGAAACAUUACAGAAAUCAAUAUCUGCAGAGAAGACUACUCCUACAAGUGCGUUAUGAUCAUCUGUCAGAGAUAAGGAACUUACCGCAGUCCUGGAGCAAAGUAGAGGAGAAAUCUGCAUCUAAACAAAAGCUUGUGGAAGAUACUUUAUUGAAUGUAUCUUUCUUCAGGGAGACUGCAUGAUUUAUUGGUUUACUGGACUUGAAUUUUCCUGCUGGGCAGGGGACCAGCAGUUGACAUUUUACAUUUAAACUACACUCUGGAUGUUAACCACAUUGAAAUAUUUCUUGAGGUUCACUUUGUUGCCUCAACAUCUGGUACAAGGAUGUGGAGAAUUUUUGUUUCAAAGGUUUUCACCACAACUCAACCGGACAAGAACAUCAUUCACACACUGUAAACCUAAUGCAAGCUAAUGUACAGGUGAAAUAUUUAGUGAACAAAC